AUGGCUGCCGUCGGAGACUCUGAAAGCGGUCCUGAAAGUUACCGUUCUCCGCUGGCGUCCCGCUAUGCCAGCCUCGAGAUGUGCUUCCUGUUCAGCGACAGGUACAAGUUCCAGACGUGGCGGCAGCUGUGGCUGUGGCUAGCGGAGGCUGAGCAGACCCUGGGUUUGCCCAUCACAGAUGAACAGAUCCAGGAGAUGAAGGCAAAUCUGAACAACAUUGACUUCCAGAUGGCAGCUGAAGAAGAGAAGCGCCUGCGGCACGACGUGAUGGCUCAUGUGCACACGUUUGGCCACUGCUGUCCGAAAGCUGCAGGCAUCAUUCACCUUGGUGCUACCUCCUGUUAUGUUGGAGACAAUACAGACCUGAUUAUUCUGAGAAAUGCAUUUGACCUGCUUUUGCCAAAGCUUGCUAGAGUGAUCUCGAGGCUUGCUGAUUUUGCUAAGGAACGCGCUGAUCUGCCCACCUUAGGUUUCACACAUUUUCAGCCUGCUCAGCUGACCACUGUUGGAAAACGCUGCUGUCUUUGGAUUCAAGAUCUCUGUGUGGACCUCCAGAAUUUGAAGCGUGUCCGUGAUGAGCUCCGCUUCCGAGGUGUGAAGGGCACCACCGGCACUCAGGCCAGCUUCUUGCAGCUCUUCGAGGGAGAUCACCAGAAGGUGGAACAGCUGGACAAGAUGGUGACGGAAAAGGCAGGGUUUAAGAGAGCUUUCAUCAUCACUGGACAGACCUAUACACGAAAAGUGGACAUUGAAGUGCUUUCUGUGCUGGCCAGCUUAGGGGCAUCUGUGCACAAGAUUUGCACUGACAUACGCCUCCUGGCGAACCUGAAGGAGAUGGAGGAACCUUUUGAGAAGCAGCAGAUUGGCUCGAGUGCAAUGCCAUACAAGCGGAACCCCAUGCGCUCCGAACGUUGCUGCAGCCUGGCCCGUCACCUGAUGGGCCUCAUCAUGGACCCACUUCAGACAGCUUCUGUGCAGUGGUUUGAACGAACACUGGAUGAUAGUGCCAACCGACGGAUCUGUUUGGCUGAAGCAUUUCUCACUGCAGAUACUAUAGUAAAUACCCUGCAGAACAUUUCUGAAGGAUUGGUGGUGUACCCCAAAGUAAUUGAACGGCGCAUUCGGCAAGAGCUGCCUUUCAUGGCCACAGAAAACAUCAUCAUGGCGAUGGUCAAAGCUGGGGGCAGUCGACAGGAUUGUCAUGAGAAAAUUAGAGUGCUUUCCCAGCAGGCAGCUGCCGUGGUUAAGCAGGAAGGGGGUGACAACGACCUCAUAGAGCGCAUUCAGGCAGAUGCCUACUUCAGCCCCAUCCACUCACAGUUGGAGCAUUUGUUGGACCCCUCUUCUUUCAUUGGCCGAGCACCCCAGCAGGUCCACAGAUUCCUAGAAGAGGAGGUGUAUCCCCUGCUAAAACCCUAUGGGAAUGUGAUGGAGGUGAAAGCAGAGCUCAGUCUGUAGAAUAGAAAAGUAGUAAGGAAGAAUCAUUGAGAAUUUGCUGAUUAUAUUGUUGAGAAAUUAAUUCUGCAGUGCCUCCUUCACUGCAAGAAUGUACAUUAAGAGGACGACAGUGGUGAUCCAUGCCAUAAUCCCAACAUUCAGGAAACAGAGGCAGGUGGAUGGAUCUCUGUGAGUUCGUGGCCAGCCUGGUCUACAGAGCUAGUUUCAGGACAGCCAAAGCUACACAGAGAAAUCCUGUCUCAAAGAAACAAACAUAAAGAAUAUACAUUAAAUUUUGUUAAACAUGCUUGUUUUCUCCAGUCUUUUGUUUUUGAGACAGGGUCUCACUGUGUAUCCCUGGCUGGCCUGGAACUCACAAGAGAUCCACCUGCCUUU